UUCUCUCCACGUUCCCUCGACACUCACUUCUUCCCUCGAGUUGGUGGAGGAAGCACGUGUGUGUGUGUGUGCGUGUGCGUGUGCGCGUGUGUACGUUAAGCUCUCCGUGUGUGCGUUUCUAGUGGACAUUAUCUUCGUUCGAGUACACACACACACACGUACAUACUUACAUAGCGCGCGUGUGUGUGUGUGUGUGCGUGUGUACACUACCUGUUUGCUAUAGGAUGGCGGGGAAGAUGCGGGCGGAUGAUGGACGAUGGUGGGUGCCCGGAAGCGUGACUCUCUCCCUUCUGGCCCUCCUCAUGCUGGUCUGGUACUGGAGAAGAAGAAGAAUGGUAAGGUUAAUUAACAAGCUACCUGGGCCGCCUGGUCUCCCGCUGCUGGGUAAUGCGCUGGAUGUGAAUAUAGACAUUGUGGACCUGUUCCCGUUGGGGUGCCUCGUGACAAGAGAGUUCGGGCCUAUGUUUAAAGUGUGGCUGGGAACAACGCCUCUAGUGGUAAUUAGCGGGGCAAAGCAGGCCGAGGUCAUUCUAAGCAGUCAGAAACACAUACAGAAAAGUCACCAGUAUGGAUUUUUUCACCCCUGGCUUGGCACCACUGGCUUGUUCGUGGCCAAUGCGGAAACGUGGCCCCAGAGACGCAAGCUGCUCACCCCGGCCUUCCACUUGAAGGUGCUGGAGCAGUUCCUGGAAGUGUUUCAUAGACAAAGCGUUAAAAUGGUACAGAAGCUUGGCGAGGCGGCGGAGGGGGGCAAGUUGGUUGAUGUCUUCCCCUUCAUCACUAACUGCACCUUGGAUGCCAUUUGUGAGACAACCAUGGGCUGCUCAAUCAACGCUCAAGAUGACCCGGAGUCUGAAUAUGUGGAGGCCGUGCAUAGGAUGCAACAACUGAUACAACAAAGGAUGCUGAUCGUGUGGCUGCAGCUGGAUGUUGUGUUCAAGGCCCUAGGAUACGGCAAGCAGCAGGACUCCCUCUUGAAGACCCUGCACUCUUUUACGCGGGCCAUUGUCAAGAAAAGGCGCAAGUUGUUUGAAGAGCAGCGGAGAUAUGGCGCUGACAAUACUGCACGCAAGAAGCCCCGCCUGGCCUUCUUGGACCUGCUACUGGAAUACUCAGCAGACGGCGCCGUGUUGUCUGAGGAGAGUGUUCGCGAGGAGGUGGAUCUGUUUGUGUUCGCGGGGCACGACACUACUGCGGUAGCCAUCAACUGGUUCCUCUACUUGAUGGGAAGACACCCCGAGGCCCAGGCAAAGGUACAUGAGGAGCUGGACUCGAUCUUCAAGGGAUCCGACCGGGCUGCCACCGUGGAGGACUUGAGGAGCAUGCGGUACACUGAGAACUGCAUCAAGGAGGCGCUGCGGCUGUUCCCCUCAGUCCCUUACAUCGGCCGGGUGCUCAAGGAAGAUGUCACUAUAGACGGGUACCUCAUUCCCAAGGACACCACCAUCUUCAUCUUCAACUACGCUCUGCACAGGGACGCCUCGGAGUUUCCUGACCCUGAGAAAUUUGAUCCUGAUCGCUUCCUGCCGGAGAACUCUGCCAAUAGACACCCCUUCUCCUACAUCCCCUUCAGCGCCGGCCCCAGGAACUGUAUAGGACAGAAAUUCGGAAUGAUGGAGGAAAAAAUAACAGUUUCAAACGUGCUGAGGAAAUUCUCUGUAGAAAGCCUGAUGCCGAUGGAGAAACUCAAACUACGUAGCGAGAUUGUAUUGCGCCCUAACGAUGGAAACUACUUGUACCUGCAUCCUAGAGGUACUCCAGACAAGCCCAGACCAACCAAUAAGGGGGCUUGUGAGGCCGGCCAUGUUACCAGGACUGAAGAGGAGGGUAAACUACUAGAAAGUGGAAUGAAGGAUGUUUUAAUGGAGCAGAAGGUGGAGGAGGAGGAGGAGGAGGCAGUUAAAGAUGCAAGAGGAGAGAAAGUGGAGGAAGAGGACGUGAUAAGAGAGAGGAGAGGAAUGGAGAUUGGUGAAGUGAGGUGUAGGUGAGGUUAUGUCCGUGUGUGUGUGUGUGUGUGUGUGUGUGUGUGUGUGUGUGUGUGUGUGUGUGUGUGUGUGAAGAGAGAGAGAGACCUUUAAACUUUCAUUUUUUCCUUGCAAACAUGUUAGAGCUAGAUUGAUUUUAGUCUCUCUCUCUCUCUCUCUCUCUCUCUCUCUCUCUCUCUCUCUCUCUCUCUCUCUCUCUCUCUCGCAUUCACUUUUCUCGCUCUAAUUAAGUACUAAGGUAAACAUUCUCAGGUGUGAAAGUGUCUAUAAGUGAGCGUUGAAGUAUGUUAAGUGUGUACUUUUUAACCACGUAAGAUAGCAGUAAGAUAGUAAUGAUAGUAACGAUAGCAGUAGUUUUUGUUGUGUGAUGUUUACGUGAGCAGAUCGUUUAAUUAGGCUGGGUUAGGUUAGAUCGUUUGUUUUUAGUUAGUUAAGUUAGAUCAUUCAAUUUCUACUACUACUACUACCACUACUACUACUACUACUACUACUACUACUACUAUGCAUGUUAGGUAUGUUGCUGCAUGAUUAUUAAGUAAGAUUUUCGCACUUAUUGUAGUUGUUGUCGUAAAUUGUGUUGUUAUUGUUGUUAUUAUUAUUAUUAUUAUUAUUAUUAUUAUUAUUAUUAUUAUUAUUAUUAUUAUUAUUAUGAGUGUUCGUAUUAUUAGAGUUAGUGUUGUUACCAUUAGGAAAAUUUCUUACUAUUAUGAUGAUUAUUAUUAUUAUUAUUAUUAUUAUUAUUAUUAUUAUUAUUAUUAUUAUUAUUAUUAUUCAAGUUACAAAUGUUGAUUACUAAAGUUUUCAGACUCAAAUAAGUAAAGUUUGUAGAUAUCCUCUCUCUCUCUCUCUCUCUCUCUCUCUCUCUCUCUCUCUCUCUCUCUCUCUCUCUCUCUCUCUCUCUGUUAUUUCUUAUUUGUUUACUUCAUUAAAGUUUUGUUAGUAAAUUAAUAUUUUCUUCAAUCUUGUGUGUGUGUGUGUGUGUGUGUGUGUGUGUGUGUGUGUGUGUGUGUGUGAGAGAGAGAGAGAGAGAGAGAGAGAGAGAGAGAGAGAGAGAGAGAGAGAGAGAGAGAGAGAGAGAGAGAGAGAGAGAGAGAGAGAGAGAGAGAGAGAGAGAGAGAGAGAGAGAGAGAGAGAGAGAGAGAGAGAGAGAGAGAGAGAGAGAGAGAGAGAGAGAGAGAGAGAGAGAGAGAGAGAGAGAGAGAGAGAGAGAGAGAGAGAGAGAGGGUGGUACUGAUUACAUAAACUAACAAAUAAUAUUGAAAAUUCAUUUGUGUUCUUUUACAUUCUUAUCAUAUUAAUUUGUAAGACUUAAUAACAUACAAGACAGUGGUACAACACACACAUACACACACACACACACACACACACACACACACACACACACACACACACACACACACACACACACACACACACACACACACACACACACACACACUCUCUCUCUCUCUCUCUCUCUCUCUCUCUCUCUCUCUCU